GAAGCGGUGUCGGAAAGUUGCACAACAUCAGUAGGCCGUAAGCUGACGGUUCUACUAUUAAAAGCCAAGUGAUGAGCUGUAGGUUAUUAGUGAGAGCCCUGUGCCCUCUCUCUGAUUAUAACUUGCUCGUCCGCCUUUACCUCGCCAAAGGAAAAAGGAGGAUUCGAAGAUCUGAUGGCUUUCUUUUUAACACCUUAUAAUAUAAAUACAAAAUAUGUUUCACAUUGUCCAUGUGCAUUACCUAGGAAAUGUAAUAUCUGACGAUUAAAAUGCUCAGUUCCAUACUAAUUUGUUUCAAAUUUUUGCCGAGAUAGUGCCCGGGUGGUUGCAGAUACCCUGGUCCCGAAUAAAGGUCCUAAUGCGCUUCGAUUACGGCCAUGGAAUCUGUUUAUUGCAUGCACAAGGAGUGUAAGUAAAAAUAACGACACCUGGCCAGCUCUUCGACCUUCGCAUUCCCGGGUCAAAUUACGGCCAAAUUAUGCCGAAGCCAUCACAGCAACCAUAGCUAAAACACAGAAAUUGCGCCUCUCCAUUGCGAAUCCAUAGAACAAUCCCCACAGGGUGCAAAUAUCCGUUUGUCAACAAACGGCCCGGCACCCACGGAACAGAUGAUUUUGACAGCUAGCCCCUCGAACGGCUUGUCAACCCGUGUUGUCUCGCUGUAAACAUUAUGUAAACAGUUUUGUGCCGCAUUCGCGCACCGGUCGCACCCGCAAUUGCACGCAAAAUGGUAACGGUCCCGAUUAAAACAUGCAUCCGAACACUCAGCACCACCAGCCGGAUGGACAAAUCGUUUGCCAAGUGGUAUCGAAGUUUGUGGCAACCGAAAGGCAACGACGAACCACCGUACGAUCACAUCGUGCAGCUAGGCGAUCCCGUACUACGCGUGCCGGCCAAUGCAAUCCCCGAGAAGGAGCUCCAGUCCGCCGAAGUGCAGUAUCUGGCCCGACAUCUUACGAAAGUGAUGCGAGCGUACCGGUGCGUCGGAUUGGCCGCCCCACAGCUGGGCCUAUCGUUGCGCGCCUUCGUGAUGGAGUUUAAGGACGAGCUGCGGGACCAGUACACCAAGGCGGACUACAAGCUGCGCGAGAUGGAACCAUUGCCAUUGACGAUUCUUCUCAACCCCGAACUGAAAGUGCUCAACUACGAAAAGGUGAUACACACGGAGGCGUGCGAAAGUGUGCGCGGCUAUCGUGCGGACGUGCCCCGGUACCGGGAGAUACUGCUGCAGGGCUUCGAUGCCACCGGCAACCGGCAAGAGCUGCGACUGAGCGGCUGGAAUGCCCGCAUUGCCCAGCACGAGAUGGACCAUCUGAAUGGGAUCGUGUACACGGACAUUAUGAAUCGGAAAAGCCUAACCUGCACCUGCUGGCAAGCGGUCAAUGCUAAGAGUGGGCGCAUUCAGCUAUCGUUUGCCAGCAAAUAAAUCGGCCACUUGUUAAGCAUGUGUUCUGUUUGUAUGUGUGUGUAUGUCUUCCUUAAAAACACACACACACGCACACCGGUUAGCUGUUUAUUAUGGUUAUUGCACUAACGUAUGAAACGAAUGAACUGUGGGCGCACACAACAAAGCAACAUGAAUUAAGCCCCAGAGGUUAAGGGGGAAGGGUUAGAGAUUUGUGCUUGUGGUUAGCAUGGUUUAUGGUUUGGUAACGAAUGUACGAUUAUCUAAACGGUAACCACGGCUACCAAUUUGUCAAUGAACCAAUGAUGUAGCGUCAA